AUGGCUGCUCUUCAGACACAAGCUGGCUUCCUUCAUAAAUUCACAAUUUCUUUGAACAGCUGUACCUCCUUUGACCUCUCCCUGCUAUCUUUCCUUCAAUGGACAUCGCUACAAAUGAUGAGUCUAACAAGCUCACUAUCUCUGGCCCAGCUAAUAAUUGUUUUAGGAGGGGAAAUUAGACACAUGAAGAGGAUGAAGGUGGAGAGUGCAAAAUCUGUUGCAGUUGAUAGGACGGACUUUGUUGAUGACCUUGAAAGCAUCCCUCUCUGCAUUGGAGAGGAGUCAGACAAUUCCUUCGAUUUCUCUAUACUGGUAUCACUGAUGUGUGAUGGUGAUGAUGGAGAAUUCACUGGCAUAUUGCACAAUGCAAUGCUAAUGAAGGUGCUCCGUUUCACUGACUUGGAAGAUGUCAGAGACUGCAGAGGUCCAAAAGCUGGGGAGUUGAGUGGUAUAUUCAAUGUACUAACUAUGCUAAGGAAUGUGAAGUGCUACACCCACACACACCCUAACACACUCAAUAAUUGCAGUUCGAAGGGUUUUACUGGUGCUAACACGGAUUCUGGACUGUCACUAAAUACUAUUCCAGGUAUUACUAAGCUACUUGCUGACACAGCCAGGCAGACUAGGAAGGCUACCGGGGUAGAUGCCCAGCAGGCAUAUCAGUUAAUACGUCAAGGAUACAUAUACUGA